GCGUAAAAGCAUAUUCCGUUUUCAAAAAACACGCAAAUACCGCCCAAGCAAGCACCGUCGAUAGAUCAAAACAGAGCACAAGUCAGUCUCUCUGUCUCCGAAAGUAGCCGUAGAUGAUCAUCACUUAGAAUUCUAAAAAUGGCGUCUCUCAAGAUUUUGGACCAACAACAACUUACAAAGAAAAAUCCGGAAAGAAACAAAAUGGUGCCUAACAAGGCUAAAGUCGGCAUUGGCCUGAAUGGACCAAGCAGAGACAACCUAACACGCGUCGGUGCGAGAAAUUUUAAGGUUUUUAUCGAAAAUAGAACUGCCAAGGUUGAUUCUCUUAUCAGAAGGCAAUCUGUAGCGGAUAACAAAGGAUCUACCCAGGCUAGUACAAUUGGUUCGAAGGGUGGUUUGCGAAGUUUGGAGAAAAGCAAAGGCAAGAAUGAAUGUGGUGCAAAACCAAAAGUUCAAAGAAGCGCAUUGGCUGACAUUAGCAAUAUCCAUAGAAACUCUUCUAGCAAUCUAAAGCUUAAUGGCUCCAAACCAAUGGUAUCAGUUGCUAUGGGCACUAGGACUGCAAGUGUAUCAUCGAGGAAAUCCAUCCUGGGAAGCAGACAGGGAAACCUUGAUCAAGGUGUUUCUGACUCACUUACAUCAAAGAGAAGUAAAGAUUUGAAGGUGCCUUCAUAUGAUCAGAGGAUCAAAGCCACAGGAUUGCUUUGUGAAACUAUUAUUAAGAAGGGCAGGAGGACAGUGAGGGAUACACUCAUACCAACAAGGAAGUCUUUACCUGUCUUAAAAAGGGUGGAUCAGGCAAACAAAAGUAUCCCAAAGGAAAAUGCUGCAAGUUCUCAACAGGCAAAAGAGGAAAAUGGUUGUCCUGUUAAGGCUAAAACAGGAAGAAAAAUAAUGCUCAGAGUAAGCAAUGCUAAGAUGCAACUUUGGAGGAAUCGAGUGAGUGAUGGCUUCAUAAUAACGGAUCAAACUUCCAUGGGGUCUCAUACAACAUCAAGACAACCUAUCCGACCAAUUGUGAAGACAACACUAAAGGCUUCCAAUGCAAAAAGGAAUAUGAAAUCCCAGAACACAUCGGGUCCAGAUAAGUUGAUAAAUGUUGCUUCAACCUCAUCAAAGAAGAGGGUGGUUGCGAAAUCUUCUGUUUCUGAGAAUAUUGUGCAUGAAGCAACUUGCACAGAGCUUCCAUCUGAUAGAAAUUGCAAGCCAAGUACAUCCGAUACUACCGGAAUGGGAAAAUCAAAUCGAAGAAGAUCAUACACAUCUUUAUUAAUGGGAAGAUCAAAGUUGCUAGAGGAACAUGGUGAAGUUAUGGAGCAAGAAAAGCUACCAAGCAUUGAUGAUGAUGGAAAUCAACUAGAAGUUGCUGAUUAUGUUGAUGAGAUUUAUCAGUACUAUUGGGUGACAGAGGCACAAAAUCCUCCUCUUGCCAAUUACAUGUCAAUUCAGAAAGAUCUUACACCUCAUAUGCGGGCGAUAUUGAUCAACUGGUUAAUUGAAGUACACUUCAAAUUUGAUUUGAUGCAAGAAACACUCUAUCUCAUGGUCACAUUGUUAGACCGUUAUCUUUCUCAAGUCAUAGUUGAAAAGAACGAACUGCAGUUGGUUGGUCUUACAGCUCUCUUGCUAGCAUCAAAGUAUGAGGAUUUUUGGCAUCCUAGGGUCAAAGAUUUAAUUAGCAUCUCAGCUGAGUCGUACACUCGGGACCAGAUGCUUGGAAUGGAGAGCCUCAUUCUUAAGAAGUUGAAGUUUCGCCUGAAUGCACCUACUCCAUAUGUUUUCAUGUUAAGGUUUCUCAAAGCUGCUCAAUCGGACACAAAGCUUGAACACUUGGCCUUCUACCUAAUCGAGUUGUCUCUAGUUGAAUAUGAAGCUUUAAUGUUCAAGCCGUCGUUGCUCUGUGCAUCGGCUAUCUAUGUUGCAAGGUGUACCCUGCAAAUGACACCGUGGACUCCUCUGCUUUGUCGACAUGCACGCUGUGAAGUGUCCCAAAUAAGAGACUGUGCAGAAAUGAUACUAGGAUUACAAAAAGCUGCAAGGGGAGGACAGUUAAAGGUGACAUACGAGAAGUACAUGAGCCCUGAGCUGAGUGGUGUUGCAGCAAUACGACCUUUGGAUAGCCUUCCUUUUUGAUUUGGCACAUUCAGACUUCUCUCUUUUCUGUAGAUUAGUUUAUCAAACCUGUUAUGAUAUUGUAAAAUGUGCCAGGUGAAAAUCUAAAGUCUUACCGUGUCACUGAUCUUCCUUUGAUCUGAAAAACCUCUGUUUUUCUGUUUGAACCUUCACGAGGAAGAGAAUUAAAUGUGUUUCUGUCGGGCAUGUUAUAUUGGACCAGGA